AUGUCUGCGACAUCGGGAGCGUCAUCCGUUAGCUCAAAUCAGACAUACACGCACAAAUCGACGCUUCCAGUCACACUCGAACAAGUUCACUCUUUGUGCAUGUCCAUCCACCAUCUCCCACCGAAACUGCUUAUGUCAACAUUUCAUCAAUUGGAACACGGUCCCAGGUCCGAGUUGUUCAAAGAGCCUGUUGUCUGGUGGUGUGCUUGUCAUGGCACGAUGCUGGGGUCUGCAAUGCGCACCAACUUUUCGUACGUUGUGCUUCCAUCGGAGUAUGACCAGGAGCCUGGAUGUCUCACGCACGUCAUCGUCACUGGCUCUGCCAUCCCAGAAGUCGAAGACCGAUUCAAACAAACCUUGUGCUUGAGAGGCACCCCACCUACAUAUGCUCAGCAUCGGCUGACUCUACAACACGCCUUUUUGCGUGUUCCCCCAUUCCGCCAUGAUCAUAGAUGCUAUGAGGCCAUGCUCCUUGAAGAUACCAAUUAUGAGCUCCCCUUUUUUCAGUUGACCAUCAGUGCUUUGUUUAAACACUUUCUCCUCACCAAUGCUAUCCCGGUUAUGGACGUUAUGUUAAUAUCCUGGAAAACCAUCACUCUUGGAUCCCGUCAUCAAAAGGGGGAGCGAUUGCAGUGGGCAGAUCAUUCAUUCCACCUGGUCAUAAGCAAUGAGAGCAUGUAUGCUACUCUCAAUUCCGACCUUCUUUUCCCAUCUCGAGGUCAUGAAGAUUACGUGCAAGAUGAUGGGGAUUCUAGGGAUGGUCAAGAUGAGGAAAGGCUUGGGAUUUCAGAUGUCAGGAAGUGGCAGGCCAUUUUCUCUACCUCCACGGUCUUAUCUUUUUGCCGAAUGAUGUCAAGUGUUCAUGACAAGUUGAAUCAGGUGGUAUUUGACCAGGCAUCCUUCCGGGCACGAAUCAAAGACAACGGCCAGGGAGUGAACCAACAGAUGUGUUUGUUCACCCCUGUAUACCAGUCGUUCGCCUCUCCCAUGCACAACCACCGGGAAGCACUAGGGAUGUACACUUCUGAACUUAUCCAAAGAUUUAGUUAUCACUGGUUGUCAAUUUUCUGCCACCCGCCAUUCGAAGACUCUAUUUCAACAAACCUUGCGCUUGAGAAGCUCGAUUUACUGGUCUUCUCGAUACCGCUCACCUUUCUCUACGCGCAAGAUGAAGGGAACGCUAUGGAUGGCCAAGACGAGGAAAUGUGGUGGGAAUUUGGAUGUUGGGUUCCGAUAUGGGGAGAAGAUAAGACGCAGUUUUGGAAGGAGUGUUUCUUUAUCACGUCCGAUGAGCAAAAGAAGCAUAAACGUCUGUACAGCGAGGAGGAAUGCGCGGAGAUCCAUAUGCAUGAAACGAAGAUAUUCGAUCCUUCCUUUGUCAUGAGUGUUUCACAAAACCCUACCCUGCCGACAUUGAUUUCAGUCCAGUCAUUUCUGGGCCAAACCACCAUCGAGAAUGUAAAUCAAUGGAAGAAAACAAAGGAUGCAUCAGGAGAAAUGGUCGGACGAGAAUCCCUUAGAACGGAAUUGGCCAAAAGUGGUAAGCACUUCAAUAGAGUUAUACCACUUUUCAAGUUUAUGAAUCUCCCCAAGGUCACACUCUCUGCCCUCACUGAGACCGGUCAAGCAGAAUCAACCAUUCCAGUGCUGAAGCAACAGUCCUACACUGAUAGCAUGCCUGUCAUACAAUCCACUCUUGCUGACACUCCCUGCUCUGACCUUGUUGGGAUUUGGCAAUCCGGCAUCAUGCCAAAGUUGCUUAUUAAGGUAGAAGUCUUAGGAAAAGCAUGGAAGAUUCUAGUAAAAUAG